CAAAAAACACGAAGGAAAUAAAGCAAAAAACUCAAAGGAAAUUAAUUGAGCAUGGGAAACCAAACGGAGGCAGCAGCGGCGCCGACAGUUGCAGUAGGGGUGUGCCUGUUGAAAGGGGAAAAGGUGUUGUUGGGACGACGCCAUUGCUCUCUUGGCUACUACAUUUCCCUACCUGGUGGCAACUGCAACUUUUUUGUAAGUGUGGGCAAGUGCCCACAGUUGUCCUUCAUUGGGUCCGGUGGCUACCUCGAGCUCGGUGAGAGCUUCGAGGAGUGUGCAGCAAGAGAAUUGAAGGAAGAAACUGGUUUAGACAUUGACAAGAAGAGGAUGGAGUUUCUGACAGCCACAACAAACGAGCUGCUCCUAGAGGGAGGCAAGCCAUGCCAGUACGCGUCCGUUUGCAUGAGAGCGGUGAUUGAACAUGGAGAUGGAGAGCCCCAAAAUGUGGAGCCAGAACUGUGUGAUGGUUGGGAUUGGUAUGAGUGGGACAACCUCCCCAAACCACUCUUUCGUCCUCUGCACAAUGCGGUGCGGGCAGGAUUUAAUCCAUUUAAUGCAUGA